CUCUCCCUAGGUUCUUGAACCAAGCAUUUGGUUUCCAGCUGAAGUAGAUUUUUCCUGCAGUGACAUUAUGGCGACAGCAUCAACAGUGUCAGAAGAUUUGCAACCUGUGAAGCAGAGGCGCAGCAGCUAUGAAUUACUGCCACCUUCCAUGUCUGAGCUGAGGGUAGUUCUGCUGGGGAACAGCUGGGCUGAGAGGAGUUCAGUGGGGAACUUCAUACUGGGAGACACUGUGUUCAACACUGAGGAAGAACCAGACCGGUGUCUGAGAGUCAGUAGUCAGUUAAAAGGAAAAGAAAUAGUCCUUAUCAACACCCCAGAUCUGCUGCAUCCCAAAAUCACCCAAUGGAGACUUUCACAAGAUGUAAAAGACUGUGUGAGUCUCUCUGAUCCUGGACCUCAUGUGUUCCUGCUGGUUCUACAGCCUGAGCACUUCACUGAGAAACACAAACUGACACUCUGCAGAGUCCUGCAACUCUUUGGUGAUCAAUCAUUCAAUCAUUCACUGGUAUUAAUAUCACCACCUACAGAGGGGAGUUCAGGUUUCAUUGAAAAGGUUAUGCAACAUCCACCAUUACAAGACCUGAUCAGAAUGUGUAGAUACAGAUAUUUGAGGCAGAACCUGGACCAUUCAGAGCUGUUAACACGUUUGGGUCAAACUGCAAAGGAGAACAAUGGAGAGCAUGUGAGCUGUGAUGUGUUUGAGGAUGCAGGUUUGAUGAUGGCACCAAAGUCUGAACACAUCAAACCAGCUUUAAACCUGGUUCUGUGUGGGAGGAAAGGAGCAGGUAAGACUUCAGCAGCCGAGGCCAUUUUAGGUCAGAGAGAGCUUCCUUCAGUCUCCAACUCCUCAUGGUGUGUUAAACAUCAGGGAGAGGUGUGUGGGCAGAGGGUUUCCCUGGUGGAGCUCCCUGCUUUGUGUGGAACACCUCAGGAGGAAGUGAUGGAGGAAUCAUUCAACUGUAUCUCCCUCUGUGAUCCUGAAGGCGUCCAUGCCUUCAUCCUGGUCCUACCUGUGGGUCCCCUCACUGAUGAAGACAAGGGAGAGUUAGAGACCCUCCAGAACACAUUUAGCCCUCGAGUCAACGACUUCACCUUGAUUCUGUCCACUGUGGAGUCAGAUCCUACAGCUCCAGCUGUUGUUAACUUACUAAAGGAGAACAAGGACCUCCAGGAGCUCCGUCAGAGAUGUGGAGGAAGACAUGUUGUUCUCAACAUCAAGGACCAGCAGCAGAUCCCAGAGCUGUUGGAUGCUGUGCAAGAGAUGAGAGGUAAAGGAUGUAGGAGCUUUACAAAGGACAUGUUCACCAAGGCUCAGAUGGAGAAGGUUGUAGAGCUGGAUAACACCAACAGAAGACUUAAAGCUGAACAGCAAGACGUUACAAAGAAAAGUCAGGAGGGAGAUGUUGAUGAAAGUCAGAACAGAGAGUGUCUCAGGAUGGUGCUGAUUGGGAAGAUUGGCAGUGGGAAGAGUGCAACUGGAAACACCAUUUUGGGCAAAGAAUAUUUUAAAUCAUCUGUCAGCUCAAAGUCAGUGACCAAGUUUUGCAAGAAAGAAACAGGAGAGAUUGACGGACGUCCUGUCGCUGUGGUGGACACCCCCAGUCUGUUUGACACAACACUUUCCAAUGAUGAAGUUCAAGAGCAGCUUGUGAAAUGCUUCAGCUUGUCGUCUCCUGGACCUCAUGUGUUCUUACUGGUGCUGCAAAUCGGCCGGUUUACCCAGGAGGAAAAAGACACCGUGGAACUGAUCAAAAAAAGUUUUGGCAAGAGAUCUGGAGAUUUCAUCAUCCCUAUAUUCACCAGAGGAGAUGAGCUGAAGGGUCAAACAAUAGAGAGUUACAUCCAAUCUGAUGCCCACUUGGAAAAACUGAUCAAUGACUGUGGAGGGAGAUACCAAGUCUUCAAUAACAAAGAUCAGACCGACUGCACGCAAGUCAGAGAGCUGAUGGAGAAGACCAACAAAAUGCUGAAGGAAAAUGGCGGCAGCUGCUUCACCUCAGAGAUGUUUCAAGAGGCCGAGGCCGUAAUAAAGAAGUACGUGGAGAAGAUCCUGAAGGAGAAGGAAGAAGAAAUGCAGAGAGAGAGGGAGGAGCUGCAACGAAAACACGAAGAGGAAAUGGAAGCAGUGAAGAUGAGAAUGAAACAAGAGAGAGACGAAAGUGAGCAGAGAGCCAGACAGCUUAAAGAGAUGGAGGAAAAUAUCAACAAGGAACAAGAGGAGAGGAAAAGAGAUGAGGAGAAGAGAGUGAAAGAGGAGACGGAGAAGAAAAGGCAGGAAGAAAUUCAACGAAUGGAAUGGGAGAAAAAACUUGUGAGUGGAGUGAUGGAGCAGAGUAACGAAGAGAUCAAAAAGCAAAAAGCAGAAUGGGAGAAGGAGAGAGAAGCAGCUCGGAUCAGACUACAAGAAGAAAAUGAAAAGAAACGACUAGAGGAGCAAACAAGACUUCAAAGGUUGCAAAAAGAGUACGAGCAGGAGAAAGACAAACAUGAACAACUAAGAAAAGAAGAAGACGGAAAGAGAAGAGAACAGGAGGAGGAGGGGAGAAAAGAGUUAGAGGAAAACUAUAAAAAAAAGGAGGAGGAAAUGAAGCUGAAAUAUGAAGAGGAGGCCAGAAAACAAGCUGAAGAAUUCAACAAUUUCAGACGCAUAUUCACGCUCAUGAAGACAAUUGAAGACCUAAAGAAAAACCUUGAAGAAGUAGAACCGAAAAAAAACGAACGCAAGUGUACCAUCCUCUGAUCUUCUUGCUGACUCAUGAUCAUCAUCACGUCAGCCGAUAGAGCAUCAUGUCCUCUUCAUUGACAGCAGAUUUCUGGAUGAUAAUUAUCAAACAGGGUCCAUCAGGCCACUCAGAAAGAACUAGCACUCAUUGAGACAUUUCCACUUUGUGAGUAUUUUUUAUAACCCA